AGAUAUUUUAAAAGUUUAAACAGACACAAAAAGAAAUAAAAUAUCAUAAGGCUGAGAGCUUAUCAGAGAAGAAGAAGAUAUUUCUGUAAGCGAGAAAAAUGGCGAGAGAACAUGCGAUCGGAGAAGCCACCGGAAAACGAAAGAAACGCGGCAGAGUUGAAGAAGCAGAAGAAUACUGUAACGAUGGAAUCGAAGAACAAGUAGAGGAUGAGAAGCUUCCGUUAGAGGUUGGGAUGUUCUAUUACCCAAUGACUCCGCCUUCGUUCAUUGUUUCCGAUGCUCUGGAGCCAGAUUUUCCUUUGAUCUAUGUCAACAGAGUCUUCGAAGUCUUCACUGGCUAUCGUGCCGAUGAAGUUCUUGGUCGUAACUGUCGAUUCCUACAGUACAGAGAUCCUCGAGCUCAAAGGCGUCACCCAUUGGUUGAUCCUGUGGUUGUAUCUGAGAUUAGGAGAUGUCUUGAAGAAGGUAUUGAAUUCCAAGGAGAGCUUCUUAAUUUCAGAAAAGAUGGUACUCCUUUGGUUAACAGACUACGGCUUGCUCCAAUACGUGACGAUGAUGGAACCAUUACACACGUAAUUGGGAUACAGGUCUUCUCUGAAACGACUAUAGACCUUGACCGUGUCUCGUAUCCUGUGUUCAAACAUAAACAACAGCUUGAUCAAACAUCUGAGUGCUUGUUUCCAAGUGGAAGCCCGAGGUUUAAGGAGCAUCAUGAAGAUUUCUGUGGGAUAUUGCAGCUAUCUGAUGAAGUUUUGGCUCAUAACAUCUUAUCUCGGUUAACUCCAAGGGACGUUGCUUCAAUUGGUUCUGCUUGCAGGAGGUUGAGGCAGUUGACGAAGAACGAGAGUGUGAGGAAGAUGGUAUGUCAGAAUGCGUGGGGAAAAGAGAUAACUGGAACACUGGAGAUUAUGACUAAGAAGCUAAGAUGGGGUCGGUUAGCUAGAGAGCUCACCACUCUUGAAGCUGUGUGUUGGCGUAAAUUUACUGUUGGAGGGAUUGUACAACCUUCCCGCUGCAAUUUCAGCGCGUGUGCUGUUGGGAACCGGCUUGUGCUAUUUGGUGGGGAAGGGGUUAACAUGCAGCCAUUGGAUGAUACUUUUGUUCUCAAUCUUGAUGCAGAGUGUCCUGAGUGGCAGCGUGUGAGGGUGACGUCGUCGCCUCCAGGACGUUGGGGACACACACUCUCGUGUCUCAACGGGUCGUGGUUGGUAGUCUUUGGAGGGUGUGGAAGACAAGGAUUGCUUAAUGAUGUAUUUGUGCUUGAUCUAGACGCUAAGCAUCCCACAUGGAAGGAAGUAGCAGGAGGAACUCCUCCAUUGCCAAGAUCUUGGCACAGCUCGUGCACCAUUGAGGGCUCUAAACUGGUUGUCUCAGGUGGCUGCACAGACGCUGGAGUGCUUCUCAGCGACACCUUCUUGUUGGAUCUGACAACAGAUAAACCGACAUGGAAAGAGAUCCCGACAUCAUGGGCUCCUCCUUCUAGACUUGGGCAUUCUUUAUCGGUCUUUGGUCGGACUAAAAUCCUAAUGUUUGGCGGGCUUGCAAAUAGUGGUCAUCUAAAGCUAAGGUCAGGGGAGGCAUACACUAUAGACUUGGAGGAUGAAGAACCAAGAUGGAGAGAGCUUGAGUGUAGCGCAUUCCCAGGCGUGGUUGUACCGCCUCCAAGACUAGACCAUGUGGCUGUGAGCAUGCCGUGUGGUAGGGUCAUCAUCUUUGGAGGGUCGAUUGCAGGGCUUCACUCUCCUUCGCAACUGUUUCUAAUAGAUCCUGCAGAAGAGAAACCGUCAUGGAGGAUCCUGAAUGUCCCCGGGAAACCGCCUAAGUUAGCUUGGGGACAUAGCACAUGCGUUGUUGGAGGAACUAGAGUAUUGGUCCUUGGUGGUCACACUGGUGAGGAAUGGAUACUCAAUGAAUUACAUGAACUCUGCUUGGCUAGCCGGCAAGACUCGGAUCUGUAAAGACUCUUUCCUUCUUCAUUUGGUUUGUGGUUUUGUAUCUGUCACAUUCCAAACUCUUACGACAUGUAGAAGAGAUAUAUCAGAAGCUAGAAGCGUGUGUACAUAGUAAAUUAGUGAUUGUUGUACGCUUUAGAUAGAUAUUCAUGUAAUGUUAAUGGUUUUGCUGUAUGAAGAUCCUUCUAUAAUAUACUUCUCCUUGUUACUCGACCA